GAGAUUUUACCCAUAGAGAAGAAAACCAAAGAUGGAACGUCUCCACUUUCACAUAAAGAAAUUAAAUGUAAUCAUGAAAGUAUCAAAGAACAUUCUAGAAGUUCUCUGUCACCAAAACAAUUGGACAUUUCUCCAAACAAACAAGGCAGCGUCACAAUAUCUCUUGCUGCCUACAGAAGAAUGAAAGAGAAGAAAGAUGUGGAGAAACAAGCUCCGCAAGAUGAUCGUAAGAAAAAUGUCAGUUCUUCGGAAUUAAAAGAAAAGAAACGUCAUAGUUACCAAACACACAAUGGUAAUAAGGAGAAAUCCCGGGAAAGAUGUGAAAUGGAUAGUAGUGCAAAUUCUAGGAAGAGCAAUAGAAGGAAAGGUGAGGCUGCAAGUGCUACACUUAAUGUAUUAUCAGUUGAUGAACAGAACAGCUGUUCUAGUGGUAACAUUAAAAAGCAGGGAAAUGACCCUCAUCCAUUAUCCAUAGGGGUUAGUAGAAAGGAAAUUGUAGAGUCUUCUCGAUUACAGACUAACAGUACCACUGAUGGGCUUAGUUCAGUGAAGUCUUUGAAAGUUAAAAAGAACUCUAACAAGUUGGUCACCAGUUCUCAAUUUAAACAACAUUCUUCCAGCUUAGGUAAGAAAUCUUCGACAACCAUUUGCGGACCAGGUAAGAAACGAGAAAACUCUAAAGUUUCCAGUGCUUCCCAGCAGCAGUCUGUGUCUCACAUAUGUCAGGACAAAGAUGAUAGUUCAAACAGAAAGAGCCCUCGUUUAGAAAGGUUAUCUCAGACUCCUGCUAAACCUAGAAAAUCAGAAAGUGAUGUCAAUGGUGAUGUUUGUAAAAGUUCAAAGUUAUCCUUUUCUGAUGACCAUGUUGUGAACCUCAGAUACAAAAAUGAACAUUCAGGGGAAACUAAAGUUUCAAAAUUGGUGUCAAAAAACUCUUCCAAAUCAUCGUCAAGCCUUAAGAUUAAAAUUCCAAAAGAAAAAAUUAAUUCUCAUAAUCAAGAUUCUAAGUCAGCCAUGCAGCACAGAAAGGAUUUAACAAUCCCCAUUCCCAAAGUGAAUGUCGGUGUAGAAGAAAGUCCCAGAGGACCACCUCUUUCAACAGAAAAUAGUGGUUCCUCUGGUUCUACUUUAAAGUUAGUAAUAUCAAAAGACAGAAUUAAUUCAAGUUCACACAGUAAAACUAUUUCCAAGCUUGAAAAGGAAUCUAGGAAAAGAGAGCACGACCCAAAAGGUUCAACUAUAAAAAAAUUCCCAAAACUAUCAAAAUUGGAUAGUUGCUCUUCAUCAGGCCAAAAAGGAGGGCAGUACGAGAAAGCUGAGUCAGUUUCCAACUUGAAUCCCUUAAAAAAGCACAGACACAGGCAGAACAAGGCUGGUCAUGCAGAGGUACCUCGUGGUCACCAGCAUACAGAUGAAGUGGGAUAGAUGCAUCAAAGGAAUAGAAUUACUCAGCCAAGACUUUCUCAUCCUCGGUACACGAGGAGUACACAUCAAGGAAUCCCAUUCGAACAGUAUUAUCCUUGUCAACACGUGUCCACGAACAUAGGUAACUAUCACCAUCAAGCUGUUUCACGGUCUUUUGGUCAUUCAGGGCCAACAUCACCCCCUCCAGAACAGCCUCCACCUCUGCCAGAGUAGCAAAGAGAAUUGAACAAUAGAUAUUUCCCUGUUGAUUGUAGGGAUAUUUUAUUGUAAAGAUACGAAAAUCAUUUCAAAUGGUGCAGUAUGUCAUACUUCAUAUAAUAAACUUGCAUGCAUUGUGAGAAAAACAAUGUGCAGUAUAUCACACAUCAUAUAACAAACAUACAUACAUUGUGAGAAAAUCAAUGUGCAAUGUAUCAUAUAUACUAAAUAUAAACAUGCAUGCAUCAUGAGUAAAACAAUGUGCAGUAUAUCAUUUGA